AUGGGUUGGUUCUCUCGCAAUAAGACCAAGAAGUUGCCGCCACGGCCUGGAGGGCCGUUCCCUGUACCGGUCGAUGCGCCGCGGAGCCAAGGCCAACUACCUCCAGCACAGGUUCAUGCCCCGCAGACAUCGGGCAUCACGGACUCAGACUCGUCAUGUCCCGGCUUCCAGCCUGCUGGCUACCCGCCUGCUCCCCCUGGGUGGAAUGGAGGGUCUGCACCACCUCCACCGUACCCAUAUCAGCAACAAUCACAGCAAGCACCAGUGGUGGUAAACCAGCACUAUUAUAUGCUGGCACCACCGCCAUCGAAUGGAGAUUUCCAAGCACACCAAGGAAAUACUGUGCCUCUGUCCAAGAUGAUCAUCGGAUCCGCGGUUAAUCUCGCCGACCAACUCAUGCCUGGUGUGGUUCCCGCUUUCCUCAACGACGGCCUGAACCUCCGUGGUGGAGAAUGCAAUCAGUUUACCGGCCCGGGAGCCGCAGCAUUGAACCAGCUUGGCGAUCGAUUCAACGAUGUGAUGACCCAGAUCGACCGGGACCGAUAUGCCGGAAAUGAAAGAGAAUUGUUUGCCUGCCGUCCGGACUCGGCCUCAGACUCGUCGUCUACGGAAAUCACCACAAGAGGCCAGCUGGGCAAACCAAGGAAAACCCAGCACAAAGGGCACGAUGCCCCGAAAGGCCAGACUACAGCCGUGGCUGCGAGUGUCCUGUCCGGGAACUACUUCGCAAAGGUGGAGCUAUACGCCAACUCCCGGCUGCCUAUGGAUCUGCCGCCACUCAAGCUGUACAUUCCUACCUGGCCGCUGCUAUGUCUAGCCGCGCAGUACUCUGACCGAGUCUACGAGAAGGCUCGAGGUGCGGAGAAGGACGUUCAGGUGGGCGCAAACUACCACAGUGGUACCCGGGCCAUGGUGAUCAAGUCAGUUCCUAUGGACCAUAUGAACACCAUCGUCUUCGCGAUCAGAGGAACAGCGACUUUCAUGGACUGGGCUGUGAACUUGAACACGGCACCGUCUUCUCCAGCCGGGUUCUUGGAUGACGCCGGCAACUACUGCCACACAGGGUUCCUCACUGCCGCCCGCAAGAUGGUCCAACCCGUCGCCGCGCGCCUCCGGCAGCUCCUCCAGGAGGACCCCAGGCGCACAUCGUACAGCCUCCUCAUCACGGGCCACUCGGCCGGCGGCGCCGUCGCGGCCCUCCUCUACGCGCACAUGCUGUCGGCGUCCCGGGAGGCCCAGUCCGAGCUCAGCUCGCUGACGGGCUGCUUCAGGCGCGUGCACUGCGUGACCUUUGGCGCGCCGCCCGUCUCCCUCCUGCCGCUGCAGAAGCCCGAGGGCCGGCAGGACCUGCGCAAGAGCAUCUUCCUCAGCUUCGUCAGCGAGGGCGACCCCGUCGCGAGGGCGGACAAGGCGUACGUGCGGAGCCUGCUGGAGCUGUUCGCGACGCCCGCGCCCGCGCCGGCCGCCGCAGCCGCGGUGCUCGCGAAGCCGCCCUCCAAGAUGGCGCUGCUGGAGUGCCCGAAGCAGAAGGCUUCCAAGAGCUCGCUGGCUUCGGCCAAGUCCGGCAGGUCCGCCAAGUCGUCCAGGGCUCGGGCCGCGGGCUCGCCACCGCCCGCCAGCAACAGGCCGGUCUGGAAGGUCCCGCCGAGUCCGCUCAGCAACGCGGGCAGGAUCGUGGUGCUGAGGUCUGGGGACCAGAAGGCGCGGCUCAAGGGGAAGAAGACGGUGGAGGAGCGGCUGAACGAGGGGGUCGUGGCGCAGAUGGCGACGGAUGAGCAGCUGCGUGGUGUCAUCUGGGGCGAUCCUGUGUGCCAUAUGAUGAAACUGUAUGCUGGGCGGCUGGAGAUAUUGGCAGUCGGGGCCGUCACGGCGAAGGGGUACUGA